AAUUGAUGACGUCGGGAUUUAGAGUUCGCGCUUGCGCACUGCACAUCUAACGCUGAUGCAAGACAUUUUCGGCGCAGCAUUGUGGUACUGUUCAAGGGACACGCAUUAGCCCGAUUUCAGUCACUUUUCAGCCCGCAAAAAUGUCAGGAGACGAGAUGAUUUUUGACCCCAACAUGACCAAGAAGAAGAAGAAGAAGAAGAAGCCCUUCAUGCUGGAUGAGGAAGGGGGCGAGGGGGUAGGAGGAGAGGAGGCUAAAGAGGUGGAGGCGAAGGAAGCAGAACCAGAGAUUGGAGAGGACAAGGAGCUGGAUCUAGAUGAAGACGAGAGCAGGAAGAAAGAACCGUCUGAUGAUCUGGACGACUUGAACUUCAUCAACCAGAAGAAAAAGAAAAAGAAACCCAAGAAAGUAUUUGAUAACGAUGUCGAGGAGGGAUUAAAGGAGCUGAAAAUUGAAGGCGAGCAAACCGAGGUGCUGGAGGAGGACAUCCUGGACCUGAUGCUUCCGGCUAAAAAGAAGAAGCCCAAAAAAGUGGACUUUGUUGAGGGCGAGAUGCUGGAGAUUGAUGACGUUUUGGAGGAUGAUGAGGGGAAGAAGGACGAUGGGAUCUCCUUCAGCUCCUCAACAGGACCAACCUGGGCCGGUACUGAAAGAGACUACACUUAUGAUGAGCUGCUGAACAGAGUUUUCAACAUAAUGAGAGAGAAGAAUCCGGACAUGGUGGCCGGAGAGAAGAGGAAGUUUGUGAUGAAGCCUCCUCAGGUGGUCCGAGUGGGAACAAAGAAAACCUCCUUCGUCAACUUCACAGACAUCUGCAAACUGUUGCAUCGUCAGCCUAAACAUCUUCUCGCUUUCCUGUUGGCCGAGUUGGGAACAAGUGGUUCCAUAGACGGAAAUAACCAGCUUGUGAUCAAAGGCAGAUUUCAACAGAAACAGAUAGAGAACGUGUUGAGAAGAUAUAUCAAGGAAUAUGUGACGUGUCACACCUGCCGCUCCCCGGAGACCAUCCUGCAGAAAGACACUCGCCUCUAUUUCCUGCAGUGUGAAACGUGCCACUCCCGCUGCUCCGUCGCCAGCAUCAAGACCGGCUUCCAGGCUGUGACGGGCAAGAGGGCGCAGCUGCGCGCAAAAGCCAACUGAAAACCACCUAAGCUUGGCCCCCCCCGUCUCUCGGCCUCUCCCCCCCUCCACCACCCGGAGGAGCCGAAGCUGGGGUCUGAUGCCCCUCUGAUUCGCUAAAAAGACUCUCUGGAUAGAACUGUGGGAGGGUUUGGCUGUUAAGUUGUGUUGUGGCCCAACAGGGCAGGGAGUGAGAGAGUAUCUAAAGCUGACGGAUUGGGUUCAGGCACCGUGAGCAGAUGGUGUGUGUACAUCAUACACUAUUGGUUGCAUUUCAUUUGUUGUGUGGCUGAUUAACUCUCCACCUCCAUAGGUUUCUUCUUUUUUUUUUUUUCCUCCCCAUUUGCUGUGAUUUUUGAUUCCUGCCAGAUGUGAUUUGAGAUCUUCAUUCUUUCCUCUGCCACUUAACAUGCACAAGAGAUGCGAUUUCUUUGCAUAAGGAAUGGAUUUCUCCAUGCAACCAGCCAAUUUACAGUUACGUUGUGAUACAGUGACAAAGCAGUGUCGCUGCGAUAACUGUAGCCACGAGGUGAGAUUGAAGAUUGCGUUUCCCUUUUCUGGCUUGUCCUAAAAAACAAAACUGCCUGGGAUUUUCCGCCAUGGCAUAUCAAAGAUAAAUAGGAUAGUACACGGAGGAAGAUCUGUCACUGCUACUAGUCUGACACCUCCCCAACAGACCUCAUCUUCAUCAUCUAUUAGCAGGAGGUGACCUCAGAAGAUUAGGGCACGAUGAAGGGGAGAGCGACUUCUCACUCAACACUUGGAAAGGAUUGUUUGAGGGACAGGCAUCCAAUUGAUGAGCAAUGUUUUACUUCAAUGUUGCUUAAUUUUGACUAAAGUUAAGAACACACUUCAUCAUCCAUUUAAGAUCUGGUGUGAAAAUGAAUAUUCAUUUUGUCAAGAAGAGCUGGUUAAUUUGAGCUCAUGCUUGUCCUGGAAAUCAAAUGCGUUCCUCUAAAAACAGCUUCUGAGCUUCUAAACACCUCUUAAAGGAUUUCAAAAGAUGUACACCACAAGCUAGCGGGCACGACUAACCGAGGCGCUUCAGUCCAGUUAUACUGGUUAUGAUACAUGACGUUGGUUCUGUUGAUGUUUGAGAAGGAUGUGGAUUAGUAUGACUAGCUGGAAUCAUUUUAAAACCUGUUUUUUACAAAAAUAAAAUAUUCUCUCUCUCUCUCCA